AGGGAGUAACAGCUAUGGUGCAGCUAGGGCUAAGGUUUAUUCUGCUGAAGACCAUUCCUAAGCGAGCACACGCAGGAAUUUACGCUGGGAAGGGUAUUAUGUUCGGCCAUGUGGAGACGUUCUCUGGGAAAAAAACAAAAAGAGCAUGGAAGCCGAAUGUUCAUCGCAAGAAGUAUUACAGUGAAGUCCUGGAGAAAAAUUUGUCAUAUAAUUUCACUACUCACGCCAUGAGGUGCAUCGACAAGGCAGGUGGAUUUGAUAAUUAUAUUUUAAACACCAAAGACUCCAAAUUACAAUCCAAAGCUGCCAUUGAGUUGAAAAAUCUAAUGUCGAAAGUUUUAUCAUGCAAAUCUGAGGGAAUGACAAUGGAGGAAAUACAGGCAAGAGUUCUGCCACAGCCCAAACUUAGCUGCCAUACAUAUGUCCCAAGAACAUAUACAGACAGAUUUUACUUUGAUUUUAAAGGACGUAAGCAGAUAGUUCAUUGUUGAAAAAUGUUAAAAUGUUGUGAAAUAUGAUACAUUCCAGACAGAUGUUACUUUGAUUUCUGGUGUGUAAAUAAGUAUUUUAUUGUUGAGUAAUGGUAAAUUAUUGUGAAAUAUAAUAGGUUUUUUUGUAAAACUUUACUUUCAGUGAUGCUGUACACUGUAACUUUUAAACUCAUGUCGUCUGGCUUUUACCUAAAAUGAACACAGCAAAAUGUCCCUGGGGGACUUCCAUAUUAUAAUGAUGGGGAUGCUCGUAGAGAAUUUCAAUUUUUACCCCUAAAAAGUACCAAAAAGGGUGUGGCUCGAGCUAAUUUUUAUCCCUUAAAGGUACAAACGAACAACAUACCAACGUAUAUUGUAGUUGAAAAGCAUUUAUAUCCAUCUUAUUAAAUUCCAUUUUUUGUAAUAUUGUGUCGCAAAAAAUGCCAGCUCUUGAACUCGAACCCCCUAAAAGGUACCAAACCCGUGAUUUUCCCCUAAAAGGUACUACGAGCAUCCCCGUCAUCUCGGUAUAGGGAGUCCCCCUCCCCCAUGGGCAAAAUGUGUUCUAGUUGUUUUGCUACACAGAUGAUUUGAUGCAUAGUAUACUGUAUAAUAACACAGUAGAGUGUAAGGUUUGUGAGGUGACUUAAAAGCUUGAUAAAAACACUUGUACCUUGUACAAA